AUGAACGCCGCACUCGCAGACGAAAACGACCCUCUGCUGGGCGCCGUCGCGGAACAACAUGUCCGCCAUGCGGUGACCGAGGACCCUGACGAUAUUGGCUCCGACUCUCAGGAGUCGGGCGCCGUCCUAGUCGAUGGAGAGCUGCUCGAGUUUGAUCCCAAAGGCGACCCAGACAACCCAAUGGAGUGGGCACCUGCGUUCAAAUGGAGCAUUAAAUUCACCUGCAUUUCCGUCGUGCCGGUGGCCUCGCAAAUUGUUCGGGACCUGGACGGCGAUGACGGUGGUUCACGGGACUCGGCCUCGCGGGCCGCCAGCGCCGCUCUCCUGGUGACCAUCUGGGAGCUCGGCGAGGCGGCCGGCCCGCUUCUGAUCGCCCCACUGUCCGAGAUCUACGGCCGCUGGCCCGUCAUCAACGGCGCCAACAUCCUCUUUGUGCUGACCACCGUGCUGGCCGCCACGUGCCGCCGCACAGACAUGUUCAUCGCCGCCCGCGCCAUGACCGGUGCCGCCGUCGCCACCAACGUCCUCAACCCGGCCAUCGUCGGCGACAUGUUUGUGCGCGAGGAGCGCGGCAAGCCCAUGAGCCUGUGCAUCUUCGCGCCCAUGCUCGGCGGCGCCGUCGGUCCCAUGCUCAGCGGCGCCGUCGCCCAGACCCUGGGCUGGCGCAGCUUCAUCUGGAUCAGCGCCGGGUUGGCCGCCGGCUGCGAGCUGAUUUUCCUGUGCUUCUUCCGCGAGACUUACAAGGUCGCCAUACUCAAGAAGAGGAGAAGGGCCGCGAUCGGAGAGGCCAAGGAGAGGAGCCGCCGCGUGACCUACGGAACCGUGCAGGAGUGCCGAAAGAUUGAGGCUCCGGUCAGCAACGGACAGAUGCUGUACGAGGCCAUUCUGCGGCCGGGCAUCGUUUUGUGGGGCUCUGGGGUGCUUUUGGCUCUCGCAUUUGCCGGUUCAAUCUCCUUUUCGUACUUUUACAUCAUUUCCGUGACUCUGCCGGAGCUGUUGGCGGAGCGGUACGGGAUGACGCCUGCACAAACCGGGGCUUCGAUGCUGAGUUGGAGCUGUGGAGGCUUCAUCGCAAUCUUCAUCUGCAACCGCUUCCUAGACAACAUCUACAUCAAGCUGCGCGACGGCAACGGCGGCCGCGGGCUCCCCGAAUACCGUCUCCCGCUCGUCAUCCUCGGCGCCGUGACCGUCCCUCUCGCCACGGCCGGCUACGGCUGGUCGGCCGAGCUGCGCCUCCCGCUCCCCGUCAUGCUCAGCACCGUCGUGCUCAUGGGCGUGACCAUCAUGCUGACGGCGAUGCCGCUCAUGGCGUACGUGGUCGACGCCUUUGGCGUCUACUCGGCCUCGGCUAUCACGGGCGUCAUCAUCCUCAGGUGUCUGAUGGGUGCUUUCCUCCCCCUCAUGGUCGCGCCGCUCGUGCGGGGCCUGGGCUAUGGCUGGGCUUUUACCUGCCUGGCGGGCCUCAUCGCCGCCGUCGCGCCUAUCCCCAUCCUUAUCCUGCGAUACGGGGAGCGCUGGCGGGCUGCGAGCCGGUAUUCGAGGGAUGCCUGA